GCCCCCGCCCCGCCGUCCCCGCUGCCGGCUGCGGUUCGCGGAGCCCGUCCGCCGCUCGCCGACCGCCUCCGUGCGCUCCGCUUGGAGCUGGUGAGUGCCGGGGCCCGGAGCGUGCCGAGGGUGGGGGCACGGGGCUGUCCCGGGGCUCGCUGUGCGCAGAGGCAGCGGACCUCCGCUUUGCCGUUCGUCCCCGGGAGCCGCGGGGUGCUCCGCUCCCACGCACGGGCACCGAACGCGGCGUUUCCAUAGGGAAACGGCCUCGCUGCAGCUGCGAGAGCGCUGCCGCGGGGCGGUGCGGUGGGGGCCCGUCCUUGGCCGUUGGCUGUCCCCGCGUCGCCUCCAUCCUCGCUUCCCGGCCGCACUCUGACCGCGGAAGGAAGGUGCGGAGCUCGGGCUGCUGGGAGGAGGAGGAGGAGGAGGAGGGAGAGGAGGAGGAAGGCCGCCUGCCCCGCACCUUCGGGCCCUGACUUUAAAUGACGGCCGAACGUUGGGGCUAAAAUGCCAUCAGGACCCGAAGUGUGGCACAGCACCGCACCCGGCUCCGCGCAACCCCGUUCCCGCAGCGGCACUUCGCCCCGCGUGGGCGGCGCGGGGAGGGGACAGCGCGUUCCCACUCGCUUUCCCCGACCGAGGGAGGAUAUUGUGUCCCUGGGGGCAAAUUCCUCUCUGCGGGAAGGAGGGAAGCAUGAGUGGGGCGGGGGAGUGGAUUCUGCCCCCGUGCGGGGCAAAGAGCCUUUAGUGCCCUUGAGGACUGAGCGUGGAUGGAGGGGAUGGGCGGAGGUGUUGCGAAGGCAUACCUACGCGCUGUGGACGUGAAGAUCCUACAGCAGCUGGUGGCAGUCAACGAGGGCAUCGAGGCAGUGAAAUGGCUGCUGGAGGAGAAGAGCACACUGACCAGCCGCUGCAGCAGCCUGGCCAGCAGCCAGUACAGCCUGGCGGGCAGCCAGACGGCCUCGCGGCGGGGCAGCUGGGACAGCCUGCAGGACCCCCCCGACAAGCUGGACAGCAUCUCCAUUGGCAGCUAUCUGGACACAUUGGCUGACGACAUGGAUGAGUAUUCCCAAAAUGCCGCCGAGCUCCCCAGAGCUCUGGGAAGGGCUGAGCAGGACUGGGGCAGGCUGGACCCCGAAAGGGGUUUCACGAAGCAGGAGAAGGGCAGAGCAGAGCACGAGUGGCCCCACGCAGACCUCAGCCCGGAUCGGAGCUGCCCAGACCUGCAGCGCUUUGCUAAGGAGCCCCAGGUGGCCAAUGGCUACUCGGGUAAAGAGCCCAAAUUAGGGCCUGGGGAAAGGCUGGAGAAGGGGAAUGUGGGUGGGAAGGCUCGGAAAGCUGAGGCCAACUUGGAGAACUGCAAACUCAACAGCGAACUGCACCUGGAGUACGAUGCCCACUGGCUCUGGCUGCAGUCCCAGGACGAUGUGACGUUCUUGUAGCCUGCAGAUCUGUGCUCCCCUCACCACCUGUUCUGCUUCACUGGGCUCUGCUCGGGAUUGUGGUGUGGCUGGGAAUGGGAGCCACUCCUCCAUGUCCCAUUUGGUGGCACCAGCAUGUGCAGUGUGAGCCACGGGGCAGAGCCAUGGGCUGGGCAUCCCAACUCAGCACUUCCAUUGUAUUCUUCCAGGCAGUGCCCACCAAGGGUAGAUGGGGUUGGGAGGAGCUGGGGCUUGGUUGGUGGUCAGUGCUGAAAGCCCUUCCUGGAGGUGAUGGUGGUUGAGAUGCCUCUGUGAAGCCACUCAGUGGGACAUGGAGCUCCAGGUUCCCUGGGUUUGUUUGAGGACUGUCCCACCAUGUGACCAAGCCCUGUGUGGUGGAGUGGCCCAAGACAUGUGGCUCCUCCGCUGGUGUGGAUCUGCAGCCUGGAGAUGUCCUCUCUGCCCUCUGAGCCUUGGCUUCUCACUGUGCCUUUGACUGCCUGCCCCCUAUGUACCCAGCACCCCCAGCUUGCAGAGCAUGGCUUGCACUGUACACUCGCUUGGGCAGCAUUUGUGCCCUUCUUGGGAUGUUGCAGGGAAGGACACUGGCAUUCCACAGCUUCAAGAAAGGGUUCUUCCACACACACAGAGGGCUGAAUCCUGGCUCUGCCCUUGUUGGAGUGGUGAAAGUUGGUUCUUCAUCCCCUGGAGCCAAUGGGAAACCAACACCUUCCUGGAGUGGCUGCAGGGUGAGAUGGACGUGGCCAGGAGGGCUGUUGGGUGCACCCUGGCUGCACAUGCACUUCCCUGCAUUGGUGGCCAAGAGCAGGACAGUGUCCAAAUCAUGGGAGGUGGCAUCUGCUGAAGACAUGGGGGCAUCCCAAAUCCGCCCCAUCCCAUCUGCCUGCCAGCAGCUCAUGGCUCGAUGCAUGGCCACCAUGUCUCCAAGGCUUCGCUUCUAGCUCUGCAUGAGAGUCCCCAGGGGGAUCGGGUAAGUCCUCCAGUGCUGCUAAAAUUGCUGUCGGCAACAAUAGCUGUGGCUUAAUAAAUGGUAACUUUUCUCCAA